UUGAUAGAGAUCGCAAUUAGAGUGGUUUCUAGGGGUGGAAACGACAUUUCGAAUAGUUAAACCCUCGGGAUUUGGUAAGAAAUUAGACCUCUGCCUGUCUGCCUUUGCCGAUUCGUCCUCGGCUACCUGCAUCUCGCCCCGCUGUAAUUCUGUUACAACUUCGAUUUGUAAUCUUGAGUCACUUGGAAGGGAAAAUGCCUCUUUAUGAUUGUAUGCUUCUGUUGAAACCGAAUGUAAAAUCAGAGCUCCUGAUGGAUUUGGUACAAAGGAUAGGAAAGCAUGUGUACCGAAGAAAUGGAGUAUUGACUGAUGUAAAAUCCUUUGGAAAUGUUCAAUUGGGAUACGGUAUAAAGAAAUUGGAUGGAAGAUACUAUCAGGGUCAGCUGAUGCAGCUGACAAUGAUGACCCCACCUAGCUUCAACAAUGAGCUCUAUUACCUGAACAAAGAAGACCGGCUGCUGCGCUGGCUUUUGAUCAAACACCGUGAAAUGAAGUUUGGAUCGGAUUUCUUUGACAUGGAUGAUGUUAAAGAAGAGACAAUUAGCUCCACGGGCAGUUUGUAUGAUCGUGAGAAUGAUGAAGAGGAUGACAACGACGAAGAUGAUGAUCAUGAUGCUGAUGAUGAAUAUGAACCAGAGCAGCAGCCCGAUUCAAAACUAGUGUGAUCCAACAUUGAGUUAUAAGGUGCGAUGCUUCUGGCUCUACUCGUAGUUCUGCAAUUGCAUAACCGGGCUAUGAUCUUAUAUUAUGUAACCCUUUAUUCUUAUGGCUAGGGGCUCUGGAAAAUUCUUGGGGCACAUAUUUUGUUGGAUAUCUGGAAAAAGAAAAUCUCUAAUUUGAGAGGGAGAUUAAUUUUAUUUUUAUUUCUGUCCUCGUUUAGGAAGAAAAAUUAACAAUGAUAAUGAGUGAUCAUUGUUUCUGCUUUUGGUACAUUGCACUGUUUUUUGCUCAACAUCCAUAUUAAGUCAAGGUCAAUUCUCUUCGCCUGCAA